AUGUUUUCUCUUUUAUCAUUCACUAUAAGGUACAUUUUCCUAUGCAAACCUGAAUCAUUGGGUAUAGUUGUUGGUAUUAUCUUCUUGGUUGUGACAAUCUUAUUUCAGUAUUUCAACUUCACAGCAGAUUCAAAUUGGCUUGUUGAGUACAAUGCUGCUUUAGCAUGCAUCUUCUUCAUGACAUUGCUUGGAUUUGUUGAUGAUGUCCUUGAUGUCCCUUGGAGAAACAUAAAAUUACUACUUCCAUCAAUUGCUGCACUUCCUUUGUUAAUGGCAUAUGCUGGACACACAACUAUAGUUAUACCAAAACCACUUGUACCACACAUUGGCAUAGAGAUUUUGGAUCUUGAUAAGCUUUCAAUACCUUUAUGCAAAUGA